GGAUUCACUCUUUGAAUGGGCAAGUCAGUAUCCAACCGGAAGAGCAUGAGUUUUUGUGUUUUGGGGAUAUGUCACUGAAGCUGUAAAUUAUGCUAUUAUUAAUCUUUUGUAGGGUGAGGUAAAAUAAACAAUAUUGCUUAAAUAUUAUCGCAGCAAAAAGUGUUUACAUUAAGGUAUAUAAGCUCCUGUCGUGCUACAUAAGCUAGAAUAAGCUAGUCGUUAUUGGAAUGGUAUCACUAGCAUCAAAACGCCCGAUGGUGCAGCCCACUGUAGGACAUGACAGGUAAAAACUACCGGGAUGAUGACAUUGCCAACGACGUAAAUGGGGCCACGGCCGACUGAUCUAGACUGUUCAAGUCAAGGAUCACCUGUGGUCAGGGACAAGAUAAGUAAUGGAUAUUGAAAAGUGUGGGGAAGAUGGAAGGGCCACUCUGUUCGACGACUCGGACUUUCCAUCGGACGAUCGCUCGCUGUUCUCUGAUUGCUCCUCUCCCCUCGCGCGAUUACAGGACGAGGUCACCUGGCGGCGCCCACAGGAACUGUGUGAUUGUCCCGUUCUCUUCCCUGCCAACAUCAAUGAGGGCCACGCUAAACAGGGCUUGCUGGGAGACUGCUGGUUUCUCUGUGCUUGCACUUUUUUGCUGAAGAACAAACAUCUGAUGAACAAGGUUUGUCCUCCAGACCAGCCCUUGUGGGGGGACUGCAUGUACCAGGGGUCCUUCCAGUUUCAUAUCUGGCAGAAGGGCCAUUGGACUAUGGUUACCAUCGAUGACCGCUUGCCCUGCAUUGGUUCCACUCUGUGCUUCUCUCGGUGCCACUCCCCCACGGCAUUCUGGGUAGCACUACUGGAGAAGGCCUAUGCUAAGCUCCAUGGCUCCUACGAGAGUCUGUGGGCAGGACAGGUGUCCGAGGCCCUGGUGGACCUGAGCGGCGGCCUGGCAGAGCGCUGGAGCCUGGAGAAGGGAGGGGCAGAUGAGGCGGAGGGGUCUGGGCAAGACAGCGACCGUCUCCAGAGGAGGAGGCUGGACCUCCGCCUGCUGCGCCCGGUCAGGGACCUCUGCGCUCUCAGCUGCUCCACCCACAGCAGCCCUGGAGGUGGUGUUGAUCUGGAGCAGUACCACGCUAUGAGUGUGACUGAGUGGCUGGACGUGGAGACGGUGUCAGGGCCGCGCCUGACACUGCUCAGGAUCAGAAACCCCUGGGGACGACGCGGGACCUGGCUGAAAGGCGAGGCCUGCUGGAGCUCUGUGGACCCCGCCCUCCGGGUGGAGCUCCAGGGCCGGCUGGAGGCAGGGGAGUUCUGGGUGGAUGAGGCAGAGUUCCUCUCCCAGUUUGACGACGUGACCGUGGGCUACCCCAUCACUGAGGACGGACACCUGAAGAGCAUCUUCACCGGCAGCGUCCUGAGCUACAGCCGUCAGCUGCCGGGCAGGUGGACCAGGGGGCUCACUGCGGGGGGCUGCCGGAACUGCACCAGCUACGGCACUAACCCCAAGUUCUGGCUCAAAGUCAGCGAGAGGGGCGAGGUGCUUGUCUCCCUGCACCAGCAAGGGGAAUGUAGGGGCAACAAAGAGCGAUACGCACACAAUCCACUAGAGGGCGGCCCAAACACUCAACCCCUGCACUACCAGGCCAUAGCCCUGCACAUGUGGAAGGUAGAGAAGAAGCGCUUCAACCUGGCGCGGGUGUUGAACAAGGCCCCCUCUGCGUCCACACACUGCCACGCCUACGAGAGGGAGGUGGUGCUCCACGGCCACCUGCAGCCGGGCCACUACCUUCUGAUCCCCAGCACCUUCCUGGCAGGAGCCCAGAGCAGCUUCCUCAUCAGGGCCUUCUCCUCCGGCCCGGUCUCGCUCAGCGCCAUGAGAAGCCCUGCUGGCCCUCCGCUGCCCCUGCUGGCGGACAGCGAGUGGGACCACUGCGACUUCCAGGGCGGCUGGGUGGCAGGGGUCAGUGCCGGGGGCAGCCGGAACUCCCCCUCUCACCGGAAGAACCCCCGCUUCCUGUUGUCCCUCGGCGGCCACGCUGACGCGCCGCCGUCGCCGGGCGUCGACGUCCGGGUCAGCCUGCGGCAGAACCGCCCGGACGCCGACCUGUACGCCAUCGGCUUCCACGUCUACAAGGUCCCAGAAGGGGCGUCUGUGAUGGCCUUACCCCUGGAUGAGGAGCCUGUAGCUAGUUGCGUGCCCCACUGCUACACCCAGGAUGUUAGUCUGGCCUGCUGCCUGCCCGCUGGGUCCUAUGCCAUAAUUCCCUCCACAUACCAGCCCGAACUCCCAGGCAGCUUCACUGUGUCUGUGGCACGCAGGAUAUACAGGAAGGUGAUGAAAAGCCAGGAACUGCUGGGAAACACCAUUCAAGAGUGUUUCUCUCUCUCUGUGUCCCCAUGUCUCUCUGUCCCUCUGUCUCUCUGUUUCUCUGUCUCUCUCUGUCUCUCUCGCUGUGUGUCACUCUCAUUCUGUCUCUCUCUGUCGGCAGGUGUCUCACAUCUCUGUGAUGCAGAGCUAGAUGUGGGGGCCGUGUUCCUGCCCCUCUCACGUAGAUUGACCUCGUUGGCCCCGGGGCCGACAUGAAGCGACCGACAAACCCUGCCACAUACACACCACAGAGAGGCUGUUUGUGUGUGUGUGUGUGUGUGUGUGUGUGUGUGUGUGUGUUUUGUUAGGACUCCUAGGCAGUACUCUUCAUAGUGGAGAGGCUAGCUGAUGAGCAUCAUUGCUGCUAAUGAAGAAUGACGGCGCUAGCGGGUGUAAACAAACGGCCCCCAUUGAGGAGGACGCCUGCUGCUGUAGCUUGUUCGCUCGCUGCUGUGCCCGCCACAAAGACCCCCUUUCAUGAGGGUCCACACUGGGGCACUGGCAGGGAGGCUGAAGGGGUGGUGGUUAUUGUUGGUAAAGGGACAGAUCUUAGUAUCGGAGCCAAUCACACCACACACCAAACCACGCAAUGUCAUACUCUUUGAUGCAAUACCACACUCUACCAUGCAAAACCACGCCAGUGUUCACCUAGUGCAAUGCGUCACUGGAAUAACCCAACGCGUGAUGAUAUACUGGUGGGAGGGGUCUGUCAGCUGUAAACAUGCCCUUCCUGGAAGGCAAGGCUAGGUUAAAGUGACACUUUUCCUUUGGCACAUAUUUACCCAAAAGCAGCAGCCUAGGGUCCACUCAACUGGUUAACCGUCCUUGACCGAUAUUACCUCUUCAUGAUCCUUGAUUAAAAACACUCAUCUAUCUCUCGCAUCUGUCUCCCAGCAAGAGACCUCAUGCAGCUCUAUUCCCAUGAUGCACCCCUCCACCUCUACUUCCUGGUUCCGUUCCCAAAGCCAGGAGCUCUGAUUUGACCUCAGAUGAACCUGUGUUAAAAGUGGCUGUGGUGGACGGAUGAUGGGGGGAAGGGGGGGGGGGGGGCAGAAACUACUGAUGCAGCGCAUCAGGGGCGGCAUGUUGUGACAGUCUGUUGGGUAUCCUCUGAAAUGUGAAUAGAACAAGGCAGUUGGCCGGAGACGGCACUUGUUUUACUGUGUGUAUGUGUGAGAGUGAGAUAGUGAGCGCGAGAGAGGCUGACAGCAGCCAGCGUAUGUCUGUUCUUACUUCUUGGCCGACUUUAUGUAGUCCCUGGUAGAGCUUACUGGACAAAAACAAAAUCAGUGCCAUAUUAAUUACUGUUCUGUUGCGUGUAUGUUGGGUGCUCCAUGCCCGUUCUGAUUUAAUUGCCACUGCAUUGAAAUAAAUUAUAAUUCUGAUCAGUUA